GAUGGACCGAGAACAGAAUGAAGAGAGUCCAUGUUCACUUUCGGAUUUUUUAUCCUCUGAUACACCGUUAUUAGAUUUCUCUAAUGAACAAAUGUCGCCAGACAGUAUUUGUCUAUCUGCUCCCAGCUCGCCUGAUUCAGAAAAUGACGAAUCGGAUAAAAUGAAAAUGAGUCAAGAUUACAAAGAGGAUAAACAGGAUAGAGAUAUUUCACCAAAAGAUCCAAGAAAAGAUAGCCAUAAAUAUAAGAGAAAUAAGGAUGAAGAGAUAAAUAUUUCUACUAGUUCUCAGUAUCCCCGUAAUCGGUAUGCAUAUUACGCUCAUAGACGUAAAAAUACCAGAUAUACUCGAUUCUACGGAGCACCCAUGCUACGUCAUUCCUGUCAAGGAAUUAGUAAGAAUUGA